AUGGAAGCUGCCCCGGAAUACUCGCUUUUUCUCGUGCGGAUCUUGGAGGAAUUGGAUACGAACCACAGCACGGUUUCCUAUCAGGAUCUGUGUAAAUUGCUUUGUGCUCGCUUUGAUCUAACUCAUUUGGCAAAGCUGAGGAGCCUUUUAUUUUACACCGCCUGCCUGGACCCGAAUUUCCCAGCCACUCUUUUCAAAGAGAAAUUACGGUGCAAUGUGGACAGUCCCCAGUCCAAAAAGAUCAUGAUCGCCGCUGAUAUCGUCACCAUGUUUAAUCUGAUUCAGAUGAACGGUGGGGUCGCGAAGGAAAAGCUGCCUCAUCGACACCAGCACAAGGUCAGGAAAAAUGAAUCUUUUGAAUGCUGCCGAUCAGACACUGAAAUCUGCCGGGUUCGCUCCCCUGGAUCCAGCCACGACCCGAUGCACACGGAGGGUUGCAGUGAGCAUUCGGCACCCAGAGGCUCUAAUAUAUGUCCCGCGUCUGACUGUAAAGACUGCCAGCGUCUCAUUUGCACUUCGGAUCCCAAUUUUUUCCUCGCGUUCAGGGAUGAGGGGGCGGAGGAGAUUACAGGGAGGGCAGCCUCACUCGACCGAGUACAAACGUCCCCAACUUUUAACGGUAUCGAUCCUCAGGCGUGUGUUAUGCAGACUACAUAUUUCCCGAUGGAUCCGGACCAGGAUUCAAACUCCGACCAAGACUCCCCGAGCAGGAAGAAUGACAGGAAUGGGACAUUUGAUUCCAGCGACGAAGCAUUCGGAAUCACUCCCUGUGUACAGGGCAGGUCUGUGUUCAAUGGCGAACUUCAGGACAUGCUCCCCUGUGUUGCCAAGUUGGUGCCAAUGGACAAAGACUCAGAGGAUGAGGACAAUGGAUCCCACGUUAGAAAAAAUGGCUCACGUUUUUCCACCUUUUUCAGUAACAGUUUUGAGAUGCCCUAUAACAAUCCUUACUGUGAUUCGAUGCCAUCGACAAGCCAAGAAAAGAGAUAUGUCAAACAUGAAAGUCUGGAUGAUCUUCAAGGAACCACCUAUUUUGGUCCAAGUACUAUCUCACAGGAGCCCCGGAAACUCUCCUCCAAACCAAACAAGCCGGCACCUUGGCUUCUAAAGAGCUGGAGUCUGAACAACGACACAGUCCAGGACCGUGAAAAAUAUUUUUCUGGCGAGAAACACAACACUCAUCGAUAUCAGGGCAAUGUCAAAGAUGAGUUGCUGGCCGACGCCCGCCAGAGGCAGGCAGCGGCGGCGGCCGAGGCUAUCAGCACCAUGGACAGGGCACAGUCCUACUUCCAACAGGCUGGAGGGGGUGGCGAGGAAUCACUGGGCCAGGCGGUCAACCAGUUCAGCUCCAAGCUGGAGGCGGCCGUUCACUGUAGCCAGAGGAAGGUGAAAGAUAAAAGUGUCAACUGCGCAUCACAGCCGCGGGACUUCGACAAGACAAGUGUGGGAACCCAGACCGAACAGGCCGUCCGGGGCAAGUGCAAGGAGGGUCCCCAGGGGUAUCACCCCAAGUACGGGGAGAAAGUGCCCGUCAAACAGUCGGAUGAGGACUCCGAGGCUCUCAGUGAUGAUAUCAGUGACAUCUUCAGAUUUCUGGAUGACAUGAGUGUGAACGGGUCCACGGGCCUCCUGCAGUCCUGCUACAAUAGCAGCGGUUCCCUGUCCCGUCUACCCAAAUCAGGCUGCGAGAGCCCGGAGCGGACCCCGGUUAAUGCCAGCGCCCCCCACAAGGAUGUGGGCAAGGGGCUUCUCCCCAACCAGCCCGGCGAUGAAGAACUCAAGAUGAGCGUCUGCAAGCUGGUGCUGAGGAUUGGUGAGAUUGAGAGGAAGCUGGAGAGCCUGUCCGGGGUCCGGGAUGAGAUCUCUCAGGUUCUGGCCAAACUCAACAAACUGGAUCAGAAGAUCCAGGAUCCGGCGCAGGAGAAAGUCUCUCCCGUCAGCAACAAUGAGAGUCUCCGCGUCAAGGCCCUGAGAAAAAGUUUGUUCGUCAGGAGAUCAUCCAAAUCCCUAACGGAGGAGAACAGCGCCACUGAGUCCAAGAUCGCCAGCAUCUCAAACUCUCCCCGGGACUGGCGGGUAGUGGGCAACUGCAGCGAGCCUGGCAUCACCCUGGAGGAGGGCAAGCAGCAGGUGCUAACAGACAGCAAGGAUUUUCAGCGCAAAAGCAGAGAGGUAGAUCGACGAUAUGUCAUUUCACAAUCACAUAGAUCAUCAAAGCCAGGGAAAGAUUCUCUUCUGAUUGAACAAGUCUUCAGCCCUCAUCUCUACCCCAACUCCAUGAAGUCCCACAUGAAGAGCAAUCCACUGUACACAGACCUCCGACUGGCUGAGGUUUUGGAACAAAAACAGCCCCAGCCAUCAUGGACCAUUGAGGAAUACAAUAGGAAUACUAGUGAGAAGCUAAAGUUAGCAGCUUUGGAUAUUCAGAACCAAGAAUCAUUAAACCCAAAUAACUUAGAAUACUGGAUGGAAGAUAUUUACACUCCGGGAUAUGACUCCUUACUGAAACGAAAAGAGGCUGAAUUCAGGAGAGCAAAGAUCUGUAAGAUGGCUGCCUUAAUUGUAGCAGCAGUCUGCACUGUGGUCUUGGUUAUUGUAGUCCCAAUUUGUACUAUGAAAUCUUAA